AUGGAGAAUGAAGAGUGGAGAAUGGAGAACAGAGGAAUGGAGAAUGGGAAAGGAAAAUGGAGAAUGAAGAAUGGUGAAUGGAGAAUGGAGAAUGGAAAAUGGGAGAAUGGAGAGUGGAGAAUAGAGAAGGGUGAAUGGAAAGUGGGAGAAUGGAGAGUGGAGAAUGGACAAUGGAGAAUGGAGAAUAAAGAAUGGAAAAUGAAGAAUGGAGAAUGGCUUUCAAGAAUUGACUUGCUGUCAACUGAAUCAGACAAUAUUCCUUCACCGUCGUCACUUUUAGAAUCUAAACUUACUUCAGUUCCACAAACAUCAACAGUUUCUGGCAAAUCAUCUAACAGUAAAUACUUGUUCAAAGAUCCUGCGGGGGUAACAACUGCAUCACUGAACCAGACAGUCCAAUUAAGGAAAAAUGUACCACUUCAUCGUUGGGCGGAUGGAAAUCCAGCACCAACCAUUACUUGGGUCCAAAAGAAUAGUGUUGGGAGAGGCAACAAGCUACAUUUUGACCUACCAAAUUUUACCGACGCAGGGUGGUUCACAUAUGAUAGAGGAACUGGGAUAGGCGAACGAGCAUACCUUGACAUUGCUGAAAGUGAAAGCAGGCUAUUCAGUGGGGAGAUGGUGAUCUUGAAUGAAAAACUUGACAUUGGUUUAUUGAAUAAGGAAAGUGAAAAAUAUCAGAAUUUCUCCAAGCGUAUUGCUCAGGUGGUUGAGGAUCUCUUUAAAGCUGACAUCAACUAUUACGCGACCAAAGUGAUACAAUUCGAAAGUGGCUGCGCGAAGGUGUAUUUCACGUUGAAAUUUAAGAAAAUAGUUCGAGCUAGCAUCAUAAUCUCCGCCCUAAAGUACGCUGCAGUGGAUGAAAAGUUUGGGAGUUUUGUUGUUGACCCGUUAUCAAUCAAAGCAUCGCAAGAUAAGAUACCUGCAUCAAGUUCGCAAGCCAGCCAAGGUGAAGAUUUAUCAUCGAUUUUUAUUGUGUGCCUAGUCACUGGUCUUAUAGCACUUUUAUGGUUUAUGUGUUGCUCUGACACACACGAGACACCUAGCGAGACAGGCAAACCUAAAAGCUCCAGUACUCCUACUUAUCGAGGUGAUGGAAGCACUGUUGACAAACGUCCACCUCAAGACUUCUAUAAGUCAUGGAAGAAUAAACCGGAUGGCACUUACGAAGAAGAAUAUGUUUUAAGAAAAGGAAAUACUGAACAUUACGAUAAAAUGACGAAAAAGGCGGAUGGAACUAAGGAAAGAAGAAAGGGAGUUCGAGGUGACGAUGUCACUUCCUAUCUUGACGGGAAAAUAGAACAAUUGCUAGCAUUGGAGUAGUCAGUGAAUUAACACUUUCAACAGUUUUACCGGUGCGAUAAACCCCGCUGAAUGUUUGGAGAAUACUCCAAAAGUCAAAGAUUCACUUGUCCCCGGAUCGUGGUUUACCGACUCCUCUCCUAUUCUCCAAAACAUCCAGCGAGCUUCAUUAAUUACGCCGGUGAUAAAAAGAGUGGUUUACUGUUUUUAUAAGUUAAACAUAAUUAUGGGUAGAAUUGCAGCUGCUUGCCAACGACAAAUAUAGAUAAAGUAGAAUCUAUGAAAAGGCAAACUAGUCUACAGGUUUCAAAGAGAUACUCAGUUUAUCGCCGUUUUCACUGAUUUUCGUUCAUAGAACCAAAGUUUUAAUAAUAUUUUGAUAAUUUAAUUCUUAGAUAGUUAAAAACAACUGAAUUCGUUGAUACCCUGUCUUUGAACACCCCGCUUGCGCCAUUCUCGCCGUUCGACAAGAUCACAACUAGGGCAGGGAUCUUGUCGAGUAUCGAGUGUCUUGAAAGCCGUCAAUAGCUUUUUCGUGAAAAUCCUUACUAGUAGUUUGUGUAGUUUGUUUAAAAUCCUAAAAGUAAGCGAAAGACUAAUCAUCAAAUAGAAUAAAACGGAAUUCUAAAACUGCUCCAGAAUUUAACGUAACUGUCCAAUGAAAGAAAAUCCUAAAUGUACCUACGAUGCUAACAUAACAAUUGAUUUAAAUAGAGGACCAAGAGUGCGAGAGAUACUCAUUAACAUGACGAUCAAAUGAAAGAUAAUCCAUAACUCUCGAAUGAAGGAGCAUACUAAAAGGCGUGAAAAACACUACGCAACAAUCAAUUAAAAAUAAUCAUAAUUGUGCACGAGAAACUAACGUAUAAUCGAUAGAAAGAGAAUCCUAGGGGUUCACUAGAUUUGAGAAUAACAAUCCAAAGAAAGACAAUACCAAAAUUGCACAAGGUACCAAGUAACCGUUACAAUCCAACAAAAGACAACCGUAAAAGUUCACUUAAUACUAACGUUGCAAUCCAAUAUAAGACAAAGCUAAGAGGGUGCAAGCUGUUAACGUUCCAAUCGAAAUAAAUGAAAUUCUAAAAGAGCCAAGACAUCAAUAAAGCAAUGGAUUAAAAGAGAAGACUAAACGUCCGCGAGAUGCUACCAUAACUUUCUAAAGAAGGAAUAUCCUAAAAAGAAAAGUUCUAUCCGCUGUAGUUUAUUCCACACUCUCUGGCAGAUCGCUUUUAUCUUGGCUAUGGGUUCUUUACGAGACGGAUAAGUAUUAUUCAGUUUGCAAUUAUAUCUAUAAAAUUAAGCCAAUACCAUGAGAUGAUUUAGGAUAAUGUAGCCUUAAUGUAGAACUUUUUCCCAUUGAUAUAGAUAGUAUAACUCGGAUUUUCUCAUUUAACCAAGUCGAAAAAGAUGACCGAAAUCGAUUAAGUAACAUUACAAAAGAAAAAAAAAAUGGUCAGGGGAUUUAAUCUCGGUGUGGAUAAAUAAAGAUAGAUGGAAAAAAAAACUUUAUUUAGCGUAGGGUUAUUUAGGGUUGUUAGUUAUAUCGAUCGACAUUGUCUUUGGGCUUUAAUUGUUUAAUUGUUUAAUUGUAGAACAGGCAUAAUUUUUUGCCCUAUGCGGGCGAACGGAUUCAAGCGUAAGAAAGACGCGAAGCGAGAGUCACGCGUGAGGGAAGAAGCACGAAAGCACACUGAAUAUUUACAGCGCUCCUCUCCUCGAGCUCGCGGAUGACUCGCACUGUGCUCAUCAUAGCCCAAAAUACUACGCUUUUUUAUUUGGGGCCAGAGGUUACAGAUUGAGAGCAUUCAUCAAGUACUUUAGGGGUUUACUUAAGCGUGCUGGGUAUGCUUUAGUUAUCUUAUCCAUUUUAUUGUAACUAUCACUCACGCACUGUUGUAAGAGAUACAUAUAAUCACGCAAGGGCUGCAUACACCGGUAAUCAAGCAGGAAAUACAUAUAAUCACAACAGUAUUAUAAAAAAUAGUUGUUCGCUGUUUCUCUUUUUAAUAAGAUCAAAAUUUACUCCACUGCUAGAUCGUAAGUAGAAAAUUGGA